AUGGUUACUGCCACAUCCAACGGCGCUCGAGGAAUGGGCACCCCACAUUCAGUGCUUGCCCUCAUACGAUCCAACACAAUUUUACAAAACCAGUUACCAGACGAACAAGGUCGCGCCUAUACAAAGAUCCCAGCCUUGGCGCGUUUCGAAUACGCUCAGAGCGAGCGUCACAUCGAACUACAAUCUAGCUGCCAGUCUCCAUACCCGUCGUUGUUCCUCACGCCAGAACAUGCCUCAAAAAGCCCUCAAUAUGUUAAUACUUCGUCAAUUGGCACUGGAAUAACGGGCAAUCUGCAUCGGAAAGGCCUACUACUGUGGUGCUGUGGUGUUCCGAUCGGGUUAGAAGGAAAUGAUGCGUGUUUUCGCCAAUACAUCUACAGUUUUUUGACACGAGUGGCGGAUAACGUGUUACUCUUGAAAUGCCCCAAUACACUCCUUGGAAGUUUUCUCUUCUCUGCAAAGGAGAACGAUCCACGCCUUGAUCAUUCGCGAAAUCAAGCUCUUAAUGCUGUCAAAACAGUUUUCAAGGGGAUAAACGUGCUGAGGUAUACACCCACGCUCACUCCAUCCGUUUUCGAAUGGAAUUUUAUCCAGUGGGGUUAUAGAAUCCCCCCACGACUUCGGCAUGAUAUCGAGUCAUUGACUACAACAUGGUGUUCCAUUUAUACUUACCCAGGCCGCCCGGUACCACCCGCUCUGAUUUCGCAAUGUAUACAGUGCUUAAAGCCCUCAACAACCCAAUUACUGGUUUCCGUCCUCUAUCAGAGCGGUCAGAUUCCGCAGAUGAAUCAUCGUUUCAUCCUUCCUUUUCUUUAUUCAGCUAGUAUUCGACAACGCGCACGCCACCAUGUCGGACAUUCUUGUGCCCAGCCUGAUCAACUUAGCAACAACGCCAACAACGCGGAGCAUGAAAUAUCAGCCCAAACAGCGCUCUAG